CACGCGCGCUCGCUCCUCGAAAAUAUACGUCAGCUGACAGUACGUGUGUAUUUGUGUAGUGUAUUAGUGUACAUUCAGUGUUUAAAAAGUUCAUUAUAGGAGUAUCUGUAGUGAAAUCACAUUGAUUAAACGUAAAAUCGUGUAAGACAUUGUUCGUGACAAAGUUGGAAAUAAGGCCGCGUGAUCGAUGAUUCCUGCAUUAUAACAGAAGCGAAUAUUGUGGUUUAGAGUUGGCACCGGUCCAAUAGUCACGAAUUCUGCUUUUCGCAAAUCAAAUCAAAAGAAGUGGAUCAAUAAAAGGAGAAAACAACUCGAACAUAAUGGCGGCAUCGAAGAACAAAAGUAGGUGAACGAUGAAUUAACGACGAUGGACAUCGGCGAUGUAGUAUUGGACAAAGAAGUAACCGAAAAUUACAAAGAUUAUAGACCGACGAAACCGAACGGGGAAAUCCCUUUGGAGAAAUGCCAAGAUGUAGACUCAAUAACAUCUAAUAGCAGAAAGAAAACGCAAACUUCCCGACAGAGAGUUUUAUGUUGCUUUUGUUUUAAAACAACCAAGUACAGAAGAAAACAGUUUAUUAUUGGUUCUUUGACAAAUAGCGCGAUAUUUUCCGUUUUAUUGGCUUACACUUUCCUGGGUUCCGUUAUAUUUCUAGCGAUAGAAGGGGGCGCGGAUAUGACUGUCCGACCUCGAAUACUGCCCGAUAAGCAAAAAAUUACACAUAAAGAAGAAAACCAUACUCACAAAAAGAACAUAGACAAUGAGUUCGACGAUACAAAUUUAACGUUAUCUUCGACGAGUUUUGGUGACGCUCGCAGCAAAGCCGUGGAAAAUAUUUGGGAGAUCACAAUUUCUUUGAAUAUACUGUACAGAGAAAACUGGACGAGACUGGCGGGACAAGAAAUACUUAAAUUUCAGAAUGAAUUAUUACAUAGAGUAACCAAUGAAAUUGCGUCACAGUAUGGUGUUAGUUACAAAGAGAUGGCGCUUGGCGAAUACAGAUUGGCAAAUAUCGACACUCACUAUGAAGAAUAUGAAUGGAACUUGGCAUUAGCAUUCUUCUACUCGCUGACGGUUUUAACUACAAUAGGUUAUGGAAACGUUGCACCUAAAACAAUGUUGGGUAAAGGAGUUACUAUCGGCUACGCUAUGGUCGGAAUACCCCUGACUCUUCUAUAUUUAUCGAGUGUUGGGUCUUUACUAUCAAAGAUGGCCCGAAGCGUGUUCAGUCGAGCCCUAUGUUGUUGUCUGUGCUCAAAAUGUGGCUACUGCUGCUACGACGAAAGACGAAUGGCAGAAAAAGAAAGACGCAUGAAACUGAAAAGGCAACAAGAAGAAAUGAUGAGCAGUCAAAAUAAUAGUAAAACGCCCACGGAGGAGUGCUACAUUGUAAAGUCUGACAGUCAACGAGACUUAUCUAUAUCAGAAAGGCCGACUACUAGCACCAUAAAAGAUGAUAUCAUAAGUUGGCAGGAUACAGAUUCAAAAUUAUCAAUGCACGGGCUGAGUAUACUGGCACCGGUUCUUUUAUGCUUAUCCGCAAUAUUUAUUUACAUCAUCGUGGGAGCUCUAAUACUUUAUAAAUUGGACGAUUUGUCCCUAGUAGACGGAAUAUACUUUUGUUUUAUGGCACUGAGCACCAUCGGAUUCGGUAGCAUUAUUCCGGGAAUGAGCUACACAACAAUUAAUGGCGUUAGAUAUUACACAAUAAAUUCAACCGUUUUGUGGUUUUGUUCCGCCUACACAUUAACCGGCUUAGCUCUAACGGCCAUGUGUUUCGGCGUAAUACACGACGAGAUAAUUUAUAGAAUAAAGAAUCAUCAGAAGGAGUGGUCGCAGAAGAGUAACAUCGUGAACGACGAGGUGAACACGAGCGAAACGCUCUACUUGAGCUCUUGACAAAUGUACGCUAAGAAACCUGAAAAUUUGUACAGUAUAAUGGAAGAUAGUUCCGCAGCCCAACGAAAUAAAGUCGAGAUCGAAAAUCGGGAGGUUGUUUUUAGCGUCGACGAGAUAUCUAGCUCUGUUGAAAGCCAUCCAGACUUUCUGCCGCCGCCGCCUCCGCUGGAAGACGAAAUAGUCGCUAUAGUGACUAAAAAAGAACCGAAAGGAGUUUACGGUAACAUGGUGGCGUAUAACACCCUACCUGAAAUUAUGGAACACGAAAAUACGUGAAUAGUGAUAAAAGUUGUGUGUACGAUGUACAUUGUGUAUAUUACUGAUGAGCUAAUGAACUUACAGCGGGGAUUAUUUGUAUUCCUUUAGAACUUUCUAUAUCAUGAUCUGUGAACAUUUUGUUUGUAAGUAUAUUAUGUACAUAAAAAUAACUUUUAGGAAAUGUGGAACAUUUUACUGUCAAUGGAUGAUAUCAAAUUAUAGAUGUAAUAUUUUCAUGUGAAUAGAAACCUUUGUAAAAUUAAAUUUAUUAAAAAAUCA